AUGUUUUUCAAGAAUCUUUUCUUGUCUCUUUUCUUGGUCUUUGCCGCCGGUUUUGCGCUGGUCCAAGCUGAGGAAGCUAACCAGCCUCGUGGUCCCAAGAUCACUAGCAAGGUCUACUUCGACAUUCAGCAUGGUGAUCAGCCUCUUGGUCGCAUUGUAAUGGGCUUGUACGGCAAGACCGUCCCCGAGACCGCUGAGAACUUCCGCGCUCUGGCUACUGGCGAGAAGGGCUUUGGUUACCAGGACUCGACAUUCCACCGUGUUAUCAAAGAUUUCAUGAUCCAGGGUGGUGAUUUCACCAAGGGCGAUGGUACUGGCGGAAAAUCGAUCUACGGCAACAAGUUCAAGGAUGAGAACUUCAAGCUGCGCCACACCAAGAAGGGCCUACUGAGCAUGGCCAAUGCCGGCAAGGAUACCAACGGCUCCCAGUUCUUCAUCACCACCGCUAUCACCUCAUGGCUGGAUGGCCGCCACGUCGUGUUCGGCGAGGUCCUUGAGGGCUACGAGGUUGUUGACAAGAUCCAGAACGUCCCCAAGGGCUCCGGCGACAGGCCCAAGCAGGCUGUCAAGAUCGUCAAGAGUGGCGAGCUUGAAGUAGACUCCGAGACCGAGGACAAAGAACUCGCCCAAGAGCCGAGUGUCACGAAUGAGGCUCUCAUGGCCGCUACACCAUCCUACUUCAUGCAGCAGGCCAUUAUUUUCUUCGUUUUGGUUGCUGUGGUAGGUGUUUUGAUUCGCCGUCGACGAGGCCAGCAGCAAGAACAGCAAGAGAAAGGACAGUAUGGUGCGUAA